GUUCCACAGGCGGCUGAGGAGCUGAGGGUCUGCGGAGCUCCGGCGUCCGAGCACAUUCACCUGCCCCACUCAGCGCGGUCUCAGUAACGGUGAAUCAGAGGUCCGCGCCGAGCCUUGGACGGUUUACGCCUCCUCCUAUAAAGAGGCUGUGGUGAGGAGUGUGUGAGGGAGUGCGUGUGUAUGUGUAUGUGUGCGUUUGUGUGAGUAAUGGCGGACCAGCAAAGACAGCGCUCUCUCUCCACGUCGGGGGAAACACUAUACCAGGUCUUGGGGGUCGGUAAGACUGCCUCACCAGAGGACAUCAAAAAGUGCUACCGGAAACUUGCUCUGAAGUUUCAUCCAGACAAGAACCCUGACAAUCCAGAAGCAGCUGAGAAGUUUAAAGAGAUCAACAACGCUCAUGCCAUCCUCUCCGAUCCCACAAAACGCAACAUCUAUGACCAGUAUGGCUCCCUCGGCCUCUUUGUGGCUGAGCAGUUUGGGGAGGAGAACGUCAACACAUACUUUGUGCUCUCCAGCUGGUGGGCCAAGGCCUUGUUUAUUUUCUGUGGCAUCGCCACAGGUUGUUAUUGCUGCUGCUGUCUAUGCUGCUGCUGUAACUGCUGCUGUGGAAAGUGUAAACCGCGGCCCCCCAUGGACCAUGAAUCCGAUUUUUACAUGUCCCCUGAGGACCUGGAGGCCCAGAUGCAGUCUGAUGAAAGAGACGGUGAACCGAUCAUGGUGCAGCCCUCUUCAGCCACAGAGACUACUCAGCUGAAAGCGGACAGUCACCACACCAGUUACCGGACUGACACCGGGUAUAACUAGAGCCCUCUAGAGCCUUCUCCUCGACCACCUCUCCCUCUCACUCUCCUCUGGGACCACCUGGCCAGCAGAGGGAGCUGUCCUUUAACACCCUGUGCAACAACUGCCGAGUGAAUGAAAGAGAGAAAGAGGGGCUGAGCGAGUGGACAGGUCUUUGUCUCUGGUCUCUGCUAUGAAAUGUGAAAGCUCUAAAAGCUCAGGCAUGCCUCUGCACAGACAAAGAAACAAGAUUUUCUGUUUCUUUUGCCUUUUACCACUCCCAGACCUAGUAUACCCAUAGCCUGCUGACACACUUUCUCACAUACAGUCUCACAGACAGCCCGGCUCAGUCUUGUGUUAGUUUCUGCCCCAUGCUGUUGAUAGAGGUCAUGGUUGAACUAUGCAUUCUUCUUGAAUAGAUAGAUAACAAAUAUCAUACAACACAUUUGGACAUCUAACCCAUACUGAUUUUCUUUUACCUGGAAUGACAUCUUAAUCCACACCACCCCAAAAAUCGUAUGGUUUUCCAUUUUCAGUGUCAUAUGUUUUUAAAUUGAUUUUGCAGUGAGCAAAUAUAUUCAAGCCUAGUCGGUUUGCUCUUCCAGGCAUGUGUACUGAUCAUAAACAUGGCAAGGAUGGCGAGGUAAUCUGAGUUUUUACUGUUUUAGUUUAAACAUCCUUUGUUUGUCUGUUUUAUGUUAUAACAUACACAUCUUAGCGAAGGCAACAGUCCCGUCUGUCUACUUUCUCUCUGUAAACAGUAGAUCUGCACCUGCUGGCAUGUACAAACCCCUAUGAGGUGUAUCCCAAAGCCCGGAGACACACCAUCAAGCAUAGGACCUGCUUGAAGACGUUAUCACAUAUCAGAUUUCCUGUCAUUCAAGUUUUGACAGGAACUGUCCAUAGUCUUAAUGAUGCAAAUGUGUUUUUCGCAGAAGAAAAGCAGGAUAGUGUAGUUUAGAGUAGUUUUUAAAUGUGGUUAUUUUUGUUGUCUCCCAGCUUUGAGAGGCUGUCAUGUCCAUUGUUCUUUCCUGAAGAUAAAAAAUGGCAUUCGUGAAUUUGGAAUAUUUUUAUUGGUGGGCUGUUGGGACUCUACUGCAGUGUGUGUGUCCAUUCUGUAUAGAGUGAUACAGAAUUACAGAGCCAUCCAUGAGUACAGGUGCAGUCGUCUCAAUGUUAGUGUUUUUCCGUAUCAUUGAAUCUUUUUGUAUGCAUUUUAUCAUAUUUGAAUUACAAAUCUCAAUUCCAAAAAGUUGGGACAGUAUGUACAAUAAAAAAAGCAGUUAUUAGUAAAUUUUGUUUGAUCUGUAUUACAUGGAAAAUGGCAUAAUAUUUGAUGCUUUACCUUAAGGACUCUGAAUUUUGAUGCCUGCAACACAUUCCAGAACAGCAUGGUUACCACUUUGUUACGCCACCUUUUCUUUGAACAACACUUCAUAGUCGUUUGGGGACUGAGGCACCAAUUAUCUAGUUUGGAAGAUAAAAAGUCUUCAGCUGCACAACCGUAUGGCCAGUCUAGCCAACCACACUGAUUAUGCAGCCAUGCUGUUGUAACGUGCAGAAUGUGGCUUGGCAUCAUGUCAUUGACUUCACAGAUGUGAAAGUUACUCAUACCCUGGGCUUUAAUAACCCCCAUACCAUGGCAGACAGCUUUUAAACUUUACACUGGUAACAAUCCUGAUGACCCUUUUCUUCUCUGACCUGGAGAACAUAACGUCCGUUAUUUGAAAGGUUAUCUGAAAGGUUGACUUGUCAGACCACGAUACGUUUCCAAUGUGCAUCAGUCUGUUUCAGAUGAAUCUGAGCCUAGAGAAGUCGGUGGCAUUUAUGGACAUUGUUGAUCUGUGGCUUCCUCUCUGCAAAGUACAACAGCGACAAACUCUGUUGUUUGACAAUAGUUUGUCAAAGUAUUCUUGAGCCUAUCUGACGAUGUCCAUGAGAGAGCUUGCUGGUUCUAAUGAUCGUCCUUGCUUCCAAACUCCCUGAAACGUUUGGUGAUGGUUUACACCAUAGAGUGGUGAAAUACCUAAAAUCCAUGCAGUCGCUCAUUGAGGAACACUGGUCUGAGCCUCCACCCAUCGUUGCUCAUGAAGGACUAUGCAUUUCCUUUUAUACCCAAACAUGACUGCAUCAACUGUUUUAAGACGUUUUUUUGAACAUAUCCCAGCUGUCCUAGUCUUAAAUUCCUCCGUCCCUAAUUUUCUAGAAUGUGUUGCAGGCAUCAGUUUCAGAAUGAGCAUCUUUGAUCAGUUUUCACUUUAAAUACAGACCAAAGUGGUUUACAAAUAACUGUUACUGUCUCAAUACUGUCCUGCAAUAGACUGGUGACCUGUCCAGGGUGUAUCCUGCCUUCCACCCAGUGACAGCUGGGAUAGGCUCCAGCAACCCCCGCGACCCAGAAGGAUAAGCGGUUUAGAAGAUGUAUGUGUGUCUCUCAGUACUGUAAUUCUGCAAAAUGCUUGUUUCCUUCAUAGAAAUCCAUAACUCACAGCGAAAAGAGUGUUAACAAAUCUGUGCAUUUUAACAGCUACUUGCUUACAAACGUGUUAAAAUUAAGUUCAAUUAUUGAUCCUUAAUACAUUAUACACGGUAUUCAAUGUAACACUGUUCAGCUAGAAAAUGAUUAAUCUCAGGUAGGGUACCAAAUUAUGUGUCUAUAGAAACCUUUGAGUUACUAUAACAUUUGGUUUAAAUUCUGUAGCUAAUAUAUAGAGCAGGUAUGUUGUUGUGUAAUUGCGCAAGAUAAUCCUAAGUGCAUGGUUGGUGUGAAGGAUCAGUAGUUUAUAAGUAUGCAUAGACAGUAUUAUCAUUACUGCCGCAGGACCACGUUAGCCAAACCCUACAACUCGGCCCUCUGCCUUCCUCAUGUCUCCCACUACGUCAGUGUUUUCUGUUCCAUACUCCUUGGACACGUUUCAUUCUCUGGUUUUAUAUGUGACGGUAUUUGCAGAAAUGUAUUGAAUUUACUUAAUUCAAAUCCGUACAGUAUUUCCACAUCAAUGAACAUUAACACAGCAUUACAUCAACACAGUUACUGCCACAAGUAAGUCAAAUUUAUGUUGAUGUGGAAAUUAGUGCAUGUUUGAAUUAAGUGAAGCAACAUUUUACACAGUCUUGCGUUAGUAAAAGGCACGACCAGUAUAUCAGUUGGCCAAUGAAAUCAGGUCGUUUUGUGCACCUGUGGUUUGAACUGUGUUGGCAAAAAUGUCAUUGAUAUUGCACCAAAAAACAGCAACCUUUUUUGGACGUGGCAUCACUGGGAUUGGAACUCAUGAUAUACUGAUAACCAGACAAAAUCUCAGAUGAUUGUAGCAUUGACCCUAUUUAACUCUGUUAACAACAGUUUUAUUACCAGAUGAACUGGUACAUUUAAACACAAACACCAUCAUGUUUAGCAUUAAAUUUUUUUUAAUUCCAGCAAUUCCAUAUUCCAAAAUAUGUAAAAUGGAUCCAAAUCUAACCUUUAAAGUUGGGCUGUCCAAAGUCGGCCUAUGAGGACCUGUCAUAUGGCCCACCAGAAAGUUAUCCUAGCCCCACCCCUUUACCCCAAAACAUAUUUAUAUAGUAGUUACAUAGUUAUAUGUAACUACCUAAUUCUUAGUUUCCUUUUAAAUUUUUAUUUUUGAAUCAUUUUAGUAACAACAUAGCAUUUUAGUAACGUUCUGAAACUCUAUAUACUAAUACUAUAUAACUUGAUUCGAAACUUACCUACCAUCCUUAUUUGACACAAUGUUUGGGCACCCCUGCUUUAGAGGUUAAUAACAUGUAAAAACACAGAAAACUUAUUUUAUUUCAUUUAUAUUUAUUUUUUAUAUAGAGGACUAAUGCUCAUGCCUCAGUGCUACAAUAUUUGUUAUUUAACACUAUUGUUUUUUGGAGGUUCUGUAUAAUUGAAGUUUGACAGUUGACAAUCAUAUGUGUCAGUAAAGCACUAUUUAGCUAUUGGAGUAUAAUAUCAAAAUCGAAAAUAUGAAUAUAAAAUGAUAUCUGCCAAUAUUAUGAGAAUUUUUAGCCCUCUGAAAUCAUGAAAGUAGUUCGCUAUGAAUGGUAAACGGUAACAUAUAUCAUUCUGAAAUGCUUUCUGAAGGAUGUGACGAACGUGUUCGUGCGUUUUUGCUCACACUACGGAUAAAGUUCAAACUGUAUUUGAAGACUUACUGUUUAAUCUGUUUAUGGAUGUCUGAUCUCUUACGCUGCCCGUGUGUGUAUAUGCAUGUUUUCUGCACACACAUUGACACUCUCAUGUGAAUCUGUGUGUGUAUGUGCGUGUGGGAGAUAUUAAGUUGAACUAAGACCUAUUUUUAUGUAGUUUCUCUACUUGAACAAAGACAAAAUGUAUUCGUUUAGAUUUUAUGUGUGUGUACAUUUGCAUAUCACCACUGUUUCUUUGUCUUCUGGCUUUUUAAUAUUUAGAGGGAACGAUCAAGUUAAGGGAAUGAUGUUCUUCAGUUGUUCAGUUAUUGUGGUCUCUGAAGCAAAACCACUGUAAAUUAUGACUCCUAAUGUGACAGAAUGGAGGUGCAGUAGACCUUUCAGCUCUGUAUGUUCUGGGUACCACUCUUCCACUCUGUCCACUCUUCGCUCUUAUUUUUUGUACGUUGUUUAUUUUUCUUUUGGUAGUGUUGAUUUAUCUACAGUCUGGAGGCUUUAGCUCAAAGUUGUCUGUGUGAAAGCGACGUCUAAUGAAAAUCCUGCAAUCACCUCCAAAUAUUCUUAUAGAACUGUUGAUGAUAAUAGUGGCAAACUAGUGAAACAGUAAUAUAACUAUUUAAUUUUAAUUUAUUUUCUUAUGUUUUUAAUAAAUGACUAGUUGAAAUGAUGUGUAAGCGGAUGUGGCCAUUCAGCUGAGUGGCUGAAUUCAUUUGCACUGUCUGGAUGUAUCUGUUCAGUCUGUUUUCUUUCUUCUUUUUUUUGUUGUAGCAUGAAUACUGUGUGUGAGAGAGCAGUGACAUGGGUAAGUUAUCUUGCUGUUGUACAAUAAAUGUUUCUAAAGUGAA